UGCUGUUAAACGCGGUAUCCAUCUUCCUUUACAGUACUAUAUCUGUAAACGUAUUGUUGGCAACACAGUAACCUAUCUAAAUAUUAUUAAAAAGAUCUUUAUUUUUCAAUGUUGCAGGUUGUAUAUCCAGCUAUCUAUAUAUACUGUUACACCCAGCCAAAGGACAAUAACAGCAACAACAAACCACAACAACAACGUUCAACAUCUAAAACAAGGCGACAGAAUAGUCAGAAUGUUGAGAGCAAUAAUGACGACCAAGUUGGAACAGCAGUAAAUCACCAAAGGGCUCGAAAGAAGGUUUCCACACCACAACAAUCUAUCAAGAACGAAUAUUGCGUGACAACUAAUUCCUCGAUUUCUAAUUUGACUACUAACUGUGAACGAGACUCACUGCUACGUCCGCACUCAAACACCGGUAACGGAUCCGUGAAGACUGGUGUCUUGGCAUCGGAAUCCUUGCGACAAUCUCUGUCCCAAGAUUGCGCCAAGCAGCGCUCGAGUGCCGCUGUUGAAUCGUCUAACUCUGAGAGAAGCGCAUUUGACGAAAGGAAGAGCCUGACCGUCAAAGUGGCGUGCUCUGCUGAUGCAUUUGUGGCGGCUGGGGCCGCUGCUAAAGGAGGGGAGCGGCUUGCGCAAGCUAAACGAACCUACUAUAGGAAAGCCAUUGCUCUAAUGGUUGUCGGAGGUGUCAUAUUCACCCUUGGAAUUGCGCUUGCAGCUUUGUACUUUGCUGGGUACCCCACCAUACAAAUGGCGGGGCCGGUAUGUCUGUCUAUUGGACUUCUGCUCGGCGUUUGCGGAAUAGUUUGGAUUCCUAUUAUAAAAACCAAACUAAAGAGGCAGCAACAGGUUAUGACAAGAACUUUCAGUUUGUGAAUAUUUUUUCGUACAUUUUAGGCUAUGUUUUAUGAAUAUAAGACGUCAAGUUUUUAUACCGCAGUUAAAACGUUUUAUGGCGUUUAUAAUUCAUGUUGCGCUCCUUUGCGGUGAGCGGGAUAUAUUUCUGUCCCGCUGUAUAUAUGUUUACUUAGUGAAAUAUUAAUUACGCUAUAACGGGCGAUU